CUCUCCUGCAGAAGGCAGCGCAGACAUUAGCGCAGUUGCACUGCUCUCACACACUUCACCUACCAACACAGAUCAGUCAAACCUGCAUCACACACAUCUCACUCCAACUCAAUCUGAUGCUGGGAUCCUUCUGACAGUUCACAUGUUAGCAGGUUCAUCAGAGCUCAGACAUCCAGUAGGACCUCCUCUGGUGUCUGUCUCAGUGUCCCCUCUGGGGUUCAGUCUGUGCCUCUGCCGGAGCUGGACCAAAACGCGUAUCUCUGAUACUAAUCGUAAGGACAAAGGCUUGAGUGAUGGGAGUUAGUUGGAAAUAGAGAAAGACAGACAGAGAGAUAGAAAGACGGUGGGUCGGGGGGUUGAAAAGCUUUUGAGGGUUGCUGAAGCAAGGCAAGGAACCGUUGUCAACGGCGACGCAGGAGCAGCAUGUCUCAGAUGAAACGAUACACUUACAGCAGGGCCACCAGCAGCGGCAGCAGCAGGAUGAGUUCAGAUGGAGGUGGGCGGCCCGUUAAGGUGGGCUCUCUCGUUGAGGUCAUCGGUAAAGGUCAUCGAGGCACCGUGGCAUAUAUUGGAAACACCCUCUUCGCCUCUGGAAAAUGGGUGGGAGUCAUUCUAGAGGAAGCUAAAGGCAAGAAUGAUGGGACUGUGCAGGGUAAACGAUAUUUCACCUGUCAGGAGAACCAUGGGAUAUUUGUACGCCAGUCACAGAUCCAGUUAGUGGAAGAUGGGGCUGACACAACGUCUCCUGACACACCUGAUGCUGCCACCUCCAAAAUGCUGAAGCGGGAGAUAAUUGAAGGUCCAAAGUCAAACAAAGUGCGAGGAACCAAACCCAAAAAGGCACCUACGACUCGUAAGACCACCACCAGAAGGCCCAAGCAAACACGGGCUGGAGUGGGGGUGAAGCUGGGCUCAGGAUCAGCUUCUGCUGGAGAGAUGAGCAGCAGUGAACCCAGCACACCUGCCCAAACACCACUGGCUGCUCCAGUUAUACCUUCACCUGUGGGAUCGCUGCUCUCACCCGGGGCUCCUCCCAUCCCGGGACCCACCAAGGAAGAGGAGUCACUGCGUGGCCAGGUGAAGGACCUGGAGGAGAAGCUGGAGACGCUGAAGAUGAAGAGGACAGAAGACAAGGCAAAGCUGAAGGAGCUUGAGAAACACAAGAUUCAACUGGAGCAGCUGCAGGAGUGGAAGAGUAAGAUGCAGGAACAACAAAAUGAACUGCAGAAACAUCUCAAGGAGGCCAAGAAGGAAGCUAAGGAAGCUCUUGAAGCUAAAGAGCGCUACAUGGAAGAGAUGGCGGAUACAGCAGAUGCCAUUGAGAUGGCCACUCUGGAUAAGGAAAUGGCUGAAGAGCGGGCCGAGUCACUGCAACUGGAGGCUGACGCUCUAAAAGAGAGAGUGGAGGAGCUGACCAUGGACUUGGAGAUACUCAAACAUGAGAUAGAGGAAAAAGGAUCAGAUGGAGCAGCGUCUAGUUACCAUGUGAAGCAGUUAGAGGAGCAGAAUGCUCGACUGAAGGAGGCUUUGGUGAGGAUGCGUGACUUGUCUGCAUCAGAGAAACAAGAGCAUGCGAAGCAACAGAAGCUAAUGGAAAAGAAGAAUUUUGAGCUGGAUGCGCUGAGAUGCCAGAAAGAGAACCUACAGGAGGAAAUGAAGAUGGCUGAGAAAACAGUUGAUGAGCUCAAAGAGCAAGUGGAUGCUGCGCUCGGGGCGGAGGAGAUGGUGGAGAUGUUGACGGAGCGUAAUCUAGACCUGGAGGAGAAAGUACGGGAGCUCAGAGAAACCGUCACAGAUCUGGAAGCCAUCAAUGAGAUGAAUGAUGAGCUGCAGGAGAACGCCAGAGAGACGGAGCUGGAGUUGAGAGAGCAGUUGGAUCUGAGUGCUGCCAGCGUCAGGGAGGUGGAGAAGCGGGUGGAGGCGGCACAAGAAACAGUGGCAGACUACCAGCAGACCAUCCAGAAAUACAGAGAGCUCACCGCACACCUGCAGGAGGUGAACAGGGAGCUGAUGAGCCAACAGGAAGCCAGCACCGAGCAGCAGCAACAGCCUGCAGAGAUCUUCGAUUUCAAGAUCAAAUUUGCAGAAACCAAAGCUUACGCCAAGGCCAUAGAAAUGGAGCUCCGUAAAAUGGAGGUAGCUCAGGCUAACAGACAGGUGUCACUGCUGAUUUCCUUCAUGCCUGACUCCUUCCUGAAACACGGAGGAGACCACGACUGUAUCCUGGCUCUGCUGCUCAUCCCACGACUCAUCUGCAAGGCAGAGCUGAUCAGUAAGCAGGCUCAGGAGAAGUUUGAGUUGACUGAGACGUGCUUUCAGAAGCCCGGCAUGAGAGGAGCCGCCGGAGAGCAGCUGAGCUUUGCUGCUGGACUCGUCUAUUCUCUCACACUGCUACAGGCAACCCUGCACAAAUAUGAACAUGCUCUGAGUCAGUGCAGUGUGGAGAUGUACAAGCGUGUGGGUUCUCUGUACUCUGAGAUGAGCGUUCAUGAGCGAUCCCUGGAUUUCCUCAUAGACCUCCUAUAUAAAGACUUGCUGGAUGAAACCGUCAAUGUGGAACCCCUCACCAAAGCUAUUAAAUACUAUCAGCAUCUUUACAGUAUUCAUCUCGCUGGACAGCUUGAGGACUGUACCAUGCAGCUGGCAGACCACAUCAAAUUUACCCAGAGUGCUCUGGACUGUAUGGCAGUAGAGGUCGGGCGUCUGAGGGCCUUCAUACAGACAGGGCAGGAUGAGGAAACGUUUUGUGUGCUGCUGAAGGAUCUGGACACUUCCUGUAGUGACAUACGACAGUUCUGCAAGAAGAUCCGUCGUCGCAUGCCAGGCACAGACGCACCAGGCAUCCCAGCCGCCCUCAGCUUUGGACCACAGGUGUGUGAGACCCUGGCUGACAGCAGAAGGCAGCUGGCCUGGGUGAAUGCAGUGCUGCAGGAAGUGGCAGCGGCAGCCGCUCAACUCAUCGCCCCUCUCAGCGAACACGAGGGACUGCCAGCCGUCAAACUGGAAGACAUGGCCUUUAAAGCAGCUGAACAGAUCUAUGGGUCACAGGGCAUAAACCCUCAAGAGUGUCUGCGCCAGUCAUGCAGUGUUGUCAUAGCCACCAUGAACAAGAUGGCUACUGCUAUGCAGGAGGGAGAAUAUGACUCUGAAAGACCUCAUAAUACAGUAUCGCCUGUGGAAGUCCGAGCAGCAGCACUGAGGGCAGAAAUCACUGAUGCUGAAGGACUCGGCCUCAAACUUGAAGACAGAGAAACUGUCAUCAAAGAGCUCAAGAAAUCCCUUAAAAUAAAGGGAGAGGAACUGAGCGAGGCUAAUGUGCGUCUCAGUUUAUUGGAGAAAAAGCUGGACAGUUCGUCUAAAGAUGCGGAUGAGCGAGUAGAGAAGAUCCAGACGGUCCUAGAUGAGACCGUUUCGCUCCUGAAAAAGAAGGAAAAGGAGUUUGAAGAGACCAUGGAUGCUCUCCAGGCUGACAUAGACCAACUAGAGGCAGAGAAAGCUGAGCUUAAGCAGAGAAUCAACAGCCAAUCAAAGAUGACCAUGGAGGGCCUGAGAGGAAGUCAAGGCUCUGGCAUCGCCUCUGUUGUGACUUGUGGCAUCACUGCAGAAGAACAAAAAGGUGUUUGUGCAGCUGCCGGAGUGCAAGUGAUAGAUUCUCCACUGCUGACUCAGCAGAUCGAAGCUCAGCGACUCAGUAUAAAGCACCUGAAGAACGAGAACAACAGACUAAAGGCUGAAAAGAUGCGUGCUCAGCUGGCAUCUCUUCCUCCUCUGAACGUGCCAAAGCUGGGCUGGCGAGAGGGCUGCAGGCCCGAGGUGCUGUCCAGCGCCCUCUACCGCAAAACAGACCAACUGCUGGAUACUCUCCUCCAGAUGAGUGCCAAUGUGAAAGUGGUGGACAUCACUGGGAAAUCUCCAGUGAGUCCCAGUGCGCAGCUCCUGGAGCAAACAGCAAGACUGCAGUCACUCAGUGAAACACUCGAUAGGCUUAAGGAUGAGGUUGCUGAACAUGUAGUGACUCACAGGCCGGGUGCUCAAGCCUCGUCUGAUUUUGCCACUUUUCCCUGCACUUCCUUUGUGAAGGCAAAAGAGGAGAAGAAAGGGGAUGCUGUGUUAGUCGGUCGUGUGAUGAUGCCUUGCGCCCGAGGACAGGAAGAGAUGCAUCGUCUAGUGCUUUCAAAGAUACAGUUACAGAGAGUUCAUCGCCUUCUCCAGACUUAAAAUAACCCCAAAAUACAAACUUACUCACAUUCAGUCUUCAAAAUUGAAACAACAGAUAUAAUGGAGGAUGUAUCUGGUGCCACAAUCCAAUAUCAAAAAACACAAUAGAUCAAGUCAAGCAUUUUGAAAGCUUUCGAUUAUAUAUUCCACGCCAAAUCUGUAAUAUGAUACAUAAAAUAAAUUUAAAUAUAAAAAAAUUCAAAAUUUAUGCAUUUAGCAGACGCUUUUAUCCAAAGCGACUAACAGAGCAUUCAGGCUAUCAAUUUUUACAUAUCGUGUUCCUGGGGAAUCGAACCCCCAGACUAUAGAUUUCCAACAUGAGUGAUUCUGAGGACGCUUUAACAAUUAGACUUUAUUCAGCAUGAUCUCUGCUGCUUUAUACCUGUAUCCAUUUGAUCUUUCUCUUCCUGAUUUGGAUUCCCAUUGAUCCAUGUUUAGAAUUAUUUAGCUAAAAUGAUUGCAGUUCAAAUUGUGCAUGUUUGUAAUCAGUGGUGCUUCAUAAGUGAUUUGACGUAAAGUGAUAGCUGACCCAAAAAUGAGAAUUUUCUUAUUAAUUACUCAUCCUCAUGUCAUACCAAACCCACAAGACCUCUGUUCAUCUUCAGAACAUGCGUCGUUAUACUCUUGUGAAUGUGUAGUGGAGACUGACAUAGAAGAGAAGAAAUUGUUGAAUAAAGUCGUUAUUUUCUCGUUUUUUUUUCUUUGCGCACAAAAAGUAUUCCUGUAGCACCGUAAAAUUAAGGUUGAACCACUGAUGUCACAAGGAUGAUUUUAAAGAUGUCCUUACUAUAUUUCUUGGCCUUUGUUUCAGUUUUGUUGCUGUCUAUGCAGGGUCAGAAAGUUCUUGGAUUUCAUCAAAAAUAUCUUAAUUUGUGUUCUGAAGAUGAAUGAAGCUCUUAUGGGUUAGGACUGACAUGAGGGUGAGUAAUUAAUUACAGAAUUAUAAUUUUGGGGGGAACUUUUUCUUAAAAAUUUUGAACUGACGGGCGAUAAAACAGGAAAAAUGCCAAUGAAGUGGAGAAGUCAUGUGAUUUGACCAGUAAACAUCCACCCGAAAACUCUAGAAACCACAUAGCAAUUGCAGUGCAACAUACCAAGAACAUUUUACUCUUAUAGCAUCUUAUAGCAUUGCUUUAGCAACUACCUGAAGCACCUGUGUGCAUCAAGUCCUGUAUGUACAAGCAUCACGUACAUUAUCUUCAUAAAUCAUAAAAAUCUAGGUCUCAUUUGUGGUUGUUCGUCAAAUUUUCAUUGGCAAAAUCCAGCCAUUUCAACUGGGAAUCCACCCAACUGGAAAUUAUGCAUAAGAGCGAAAUAAUUCCCCAUUCAGAUUUCAUAACAGAUUCAAGUUGGCCAUGUGGAUUGACAGCAUUAACCAAAAGCAAGCUGCUUGGUUUGAAAGUGACUUCUGUGUGAGCUUUGGCUCACAAAAUUUCACUGAAAUGUUGCUAAUUUGAAUGCACCUCAAUUUUCAAGUGUUUCAAAUCUUUUUCAAACCUAUGAUUUGUCAUUUUAUACAUGCAGUGUUUACAGAACCUUUAGAAUCAGGAGGCCAAUGGUGAAUAAAAUCCCAAUCUUUGGUCUUUAUUUAUGUACUGUAAACAAGCACACAUUGAAUGAUUCAGUGUAGGACUGCUUAGUUUUUCUCUUUAAAUCAGAUCAGAUGCUACUUUAUCAGUGAAUCCUUGGCACAACCCUUUUCAUGUACUCAUAACAGUUUCUCAAGCAUCAGACAGGAAGGAUAAUAUGUUCUCAUUCACUUUUCAAAUAUAUAAUAACAGUCAAAGAUUUAAAAGCUCUUUGUGCUUGACUAUGUUGAUUGAAUGUGCCAUGCCGAUGUGCUUUUGUAAAGAAAAUACAAUACAAAUUUGAAUUAAUGAUCAGACUGAGUGCCAAGCAAGGAAUGGAUGACAUCAGGUGAAUGCUGCUGUGGGUAAAAAUAGAGAAGACAUCGUUAAACAAUAUUUAUUAACUGUUGAAUAUUUGCUUCAAGAGAUUGUCAAUAUUCAAGUGGUCUUAAGUUAGCAAUUGUUAGCUUUGUUACUAUUGUCUAAGUUAUUAACUUGUUAUUAAACCGUAUAAAGUGCAUAAUGUUGCUUCCAGUAUUGUUGAAUGUGUUGGCAUCUUAUAUAAUGUGAGUCAAUGAAAUAAAUUGUCAGAAAAGCU